AUGAGGUGUGAAGAGUUCAAAGCAAAGUCCACCUCUGACCGGAAGUCCUUCGUUGAAACCAACCGCCUGUGCUUCAACUGCCUUGGACGCCACCAGGUCUCCAAAUGCGCCUCCACAAGGACGUGUCUGACGUGCAAAUCCAGACACCACUCCAUGCUCCACGAGGAGAAGACUCCACCGAGAGCCGCGGAAGCCAGCGCUCUCACCGCAGUGCAGCGUUCCUGCGACAGCAAGGCCACUCUGCUGGCGACUGCUCGCGUCUUCGUUGCCGACCGCUAUGGGGAUCCCCACGCAGUUCGGGCCCUCCUCGACCAGGGCUCCGAGGUGUCAAUCAUUUCGGAAGCCAUGACCCAACGCUUACGGCUGCCGCGACUUCCGUCCUCCAUGUCGAUCCUCGGCGUGGGUGGCAUCUCAUCUGGAUCAACUCGUGGCAGGGUAACGCUCACCAUCACCGCCAAGGUCUCAAACGCCGAACUCCAAGUCUCCGCGUUUGUCCUGCCUCGCCUGUCUCUCUAUCGGGGCACCUCUACGCCAGGGGACGCCAAGUGGCCCCACGUCCAAGGUCUUGCGUUGGCUGAUCCGCAAUACCUGGACAACGAUCCUAUCGAACUGCUUCUGGGCGCAGAGGUCUGCUCAACCAUCCUCCAGGAAGGCCUGCGCAGAGGCGGACCGCAAUCCCCCAUCGCACAGAAAACUGUCUUCGGGUGGAUCCUCUCCGGGGGCUGCAGCGCCGAGUCACUUCACGGCCGUCCCAGCUCUCUACACUGUGCAGCUGAUCACGACCUGAUCCAGCUCGUGCAGACCUUCUGGGAACAGGAACGGGAGCCCUCGCCUCCUCCCCUCCUCUUCCCCGACGAAGAGAUGUGUGAGACACUCUUCACCCGCACGGUUAGCCGCACGAGCAGCGGGCGCUACGUAGUGCGCCUGCCAUUCGCCGAGCCGCCUCCUGCCCUGCACGAGACACGCCUGCCAGCCGAGCGACUCCUGGCCGCCAUGGAGCGCAAAUUCACCCGCGACGGAAGGUUCAGAGAGCUGUACACGGCCUUCAUGCAAGAAUACCUCGAGCUGCAACAUAUGUCAGCGGUCCAUCCUUCCGACAAGGGCCAAGCACGAUGCUACUUGCCGCACCACGGAGUGCUUCGCGACGGCCAGCCCGAUAAGCUCCGGGUGGUCUUCAACGGUUCACAACGUACGAGGUCCGGUGAGUCCCUGAACACAAAAUUACUAGUCGGAGCCAAUCUCUUGCCAUCACUCGCAGACGUGUUGCUCCGUUGGCGGUGGCACCGGUUCGCCUUCGUCACGGACAUUGAGAAGAUGUACCGGCAAAUUCUCAUCCACCCCGAAGACCGCGACCACCAACGAGUCUUGUGGCGAGCGGACCGCAAGGGGGACGUUCAAGAAUUCCGCCUCAACACGGUGACCUACGGGCUCGCGUGCGCGCCAUUUCUCGCGAUCCGUACGCUGCACCAGCUUGCCGAGGACGAGGGCGCGCGACACCCGCGAGGAGCCGCCGCGCUCCGCCACGAUUGCUACGUGGACGACAUCGUAACCGGAGCACACUCACUUCACGACGCGAUCGCAUUGCAGACGGAGCUGCGCGAGCUCUGUACGGCGGGCGGAUUCCCGCUGAGAAAGUGGGCGGCAAGCCACUCCGAGAUCCUCAGAGGAGUCCCGCCCAAUCACCGGCUUCAGACGCCACCGCACUCGUGGAACAACCAAGGUCAUGCCACCCUCGGCCUUCGCUGGCACCCGAAGGAUGACCAGUUCUCCUUCGUCAUUCGCCCCCUCAUCGAAGUGGCACUCACGAAACGACGAGUUCUCGCCGAAACCGCUCGGCUCUUUGAUCCACUGGGCUGGCUCGCCCCGGUGAUCAUCCGCGCAAAGAUCCUUAUCCAAUCCGCCUGGCUGCAGCGGAUUGAUUGGGACACGCCGCUCCCCGCUGAUGAUGUGCUCCGCUGGAAGGGCCUUCUCGACGAGCUUCCUCUCCUCGAUCAUAUCCGGGUGAACCGUUGGCUCGGCUGCGACAGCGAGGACUCACAACUGGAGAUGCACGGGUUCGCCGACGCAUCCGAGCGGGGAUACGCGGCCGUGGUGUACCUUCGCUCUUCGAUUUCAAACGUCCCCUCGCUUCACUUACUGGCGGCCAAGAGCCGGGUCGCCCCUGUAAAACAGGUGUCCGUGCCACGACUUGAGCUCUGCGCUGCGGCACUGCUCGCCAACCUUGCGCAACAUCUUCGCAGCACACUCGAUCUCGGCGCGACUCCAGUGUAUCUGUGGUCCGACUCCAGCGUGACACUGCACUGGAUCCAGGG